UACCUGCAUUAGGGAGUGAAGACCUCCUCAAACCACCCCAGUGACCCUUGAGGACUUUUGCUGCAUUCAAGUACAAUGCGUAACCUUCUAAAUCACACAUUGAAAAAAAAACAAAAAAAACUGCAGAGUGGCUUGAUUAUAGAAUAAUAAUAACAAUAACAAUGAUCCUAAUAAUAAUACUACUACUAAUAAUAAUGAUACAUUUUGUAGGGUCUGAUGCCCUUCACUCCUCAAAACAAAACAAGCGUCUUCUCUUUCCGACCGUCCCUGAAGGCAACAUCUGCCCACUCAUAAACAUUUUGGGCGGCAGCGAUUGGUCAAAGUUGAGCCGUGUCAUUGUGAUGCGUCUACAUACUCCCACAUACUACUUGACAGCUCCAUAACAUUGCGCUCGCCGGAGCCACUCUCACCUGGCUGCCGCAACUUUUGUCCCGCAGCUGCGCACGGAGUUCACCCGUUUUUGUUUUUGUUUUUUUUAUUUUUCCUUUUUGAUGGCCACUGAGGAGAUGGCCGCCCAGGAGACCUCUAACGACCUGGGGUGCAAUUCGUCCGAGGAGGACAGUACCAACCGUGCGGCCUUGGCAGAGGGGACGGCGGAGGAAAAGACAUCUCCGGUGGCGCGACGGCAUCAUCCGUUCAGCGUGGAGGCGCUCAUGUCCGGGAGGAAGACGGACAGCCGCGGCGGAGAGUCCACCUGCUGCGAACCGGAGGGACGUUCGGUGGCGGUGUCCCCCACGGGUUUGAACUCUCUGUAUCUGUGUCGGGGGACGUGCAGUCCUCCCGGGGGAAGCCGAAAGAGCUUAACGGCGGCGCCUACGUCGCCGGUGAAGUCCGAGGCAUCGGAGUCCGAGGACUGCGCAUCCUGGGUCACCAACAGCGCGUUUCCCACACAGCCUCGUCAUUCCAGUCCUUCCUGUCAGUUGAGGAAGCACAAGACCAACCGAAAGCCCCGCACCCCCUUCACCACGUCUCAGCUGCUGGCCCUGGAGAGGAAGUUCAGGCAGAAGCAGUACCUGUCCAUCGCAGAGCGGGCCGAGUUCUCCUCCUCCUUGACCCUGACAGAGACCCAGGUGAAGAUCUGGUUCCAGAAUCGCCGGGCAAAAGCCAAGAGGCUCCAGGAGGCCGAGCUGGAGAAACUCAAGAUGGCCGCUGACGCCAAGACGGUGGCAGUGGCGGCCGCGGCUGCUGGAGCUUUACGCCCUGGCUUUACUUUACCGCUGUCGCUGGGCGCCAUGCAACUGUACGGACAGUCGUACUCCGCCUAUCACCACCACCACCACCACCACCACAGACCCAUACUGCCCAUUUCACCUUUAGGACUGUAUGCUGCUCCUCUGGGCUACAGCAUGUACCACUUAUCAUAGAAAUGGAAAUACCUUUGAUCUUUGGUGAAAUGUCUUUCAGUGCAUUUGCAAGGAUUCCCAAAAAACGGACACAGAGGACGUGCGACUGACAUUUUAAAAAUCAGUGUUUAUAAUAUAUCCACUGCACAAGGAGUGCUUGAAUCAACUUUCCGAGCACUUCAAGUCAAAUUAGAUUUUUUUUUUUUUUUUCCCCACAGCGAGGAUGAAAAAAACGGUGUUCUCUUGCCCCUUUGGACUGACUGUUUACAUGACUUAUCUAUAGGAGGAGGGGUGUUGCUGCCCAGCUGUUUAUACUCUUCACUUGUUUACUCCUGCAAUAAUUGAGCUGGGCGAGCACUUGCACUGGGCACAAUAAUACAGACUACAACUCCAUCUUUUCACCGAAGCCUUUUUUUUAAUUAUUUUUCCUUUCUUUUUAAUACAGUGCCUCGUGUUGAAUAGGGCCUUAAUAUCAAGACACUUUGUAGACCUCUGUGGGUGAAUGAGUGUUUCAGCAACUCAGGCCAAAUAAAACAUAUCACUGAAGCAUUCGUUUCAUUUCCCUUCUACUAAAGUGUCUGCCUUGGAAAAAAAAAAAAAAAGUCAAAUUCAGGUUUGCGGUGUCGACGACACAGCGAGGUUUAACCCUCGGUAUAAUCAUCCCAAUGAAAACUUUACACUGCGUCAAUUACAGCUUUGUUCAUGUUUUAUCUCUCUUAGCAAUAAAAACAUUUUCAACUCCCCCUCAUUUCCUUUAUAAAGUGUAGACAUAUUUAUUCUCUUUUUGAAAUACAGUGCUGGAAAUGAAUAGAUGAAUGCCUGAUGUUGUGUAUUUAUGAUGUAAUAUAGUACAAAAUGUCUGACCAAAAUUGUAUUUAUAUUGUUCUUCCUCCUGAACGUCCCUUUGAAAGGGCCGACAUUGUGCUAUGCAGUUUUUUCCACCAAUGUUUUAUCAUCCAAAUGAACAAAACAACUGAAGCCUUUCAGACUGUUUCCCUUAAAUAAAUGACAUUUAAUUUUAUGUAUAGAAAAAUAAAGUAGCAAUAUGUAAACGUGUGCAUCUAUACUCACUGAGGAUCUUUCAAGAAAGUCACAUUUUCAGUAGUUUACCAUCGAAACCGAGCAGCUGUUUUGCAUUUUUUUUUUCUUCUUGUGCAGAUACAGCGGCUCUUGGUGCAUGUUCGUGCUAACGCUCGUGUGUGUGUGUGUGUGUGUGUUUGUGUGGUUUUAAUGCUGCGUCUGUGUUUCCCAUCACACAGUGGUCAGUUCAAAGCAAUGUUUGACAAACCAUAAACGAUAUCCAUAAAUUAUCCGGCUUCACAGAUAGUUCCCGUUAUUACUGAGCUGUCGUUUUACCACACUGGUCAAACUUUCUUUUUUUUUUUUUCUUUUCAAAGCUGAGUUACACUUUUAUAAUGAUGCUUUGUUUAUAGAGAAAUACAUUCUGUUGUGUUCCGGGCAGUCAUUAUCUCUGUAUUUAUGACCAAAACCGAGUUUCACUAGCAGUAACAACAGUAGCGUGAGAACUAACAACAGCAUUUAUCUCUGUAAUAGGUGGGUGGGUUGACAAUUGGGGAUAAACAAUCUGAAACUAUUGACUGUUUUAAUCUUUAUGUUUCUAAAUCUCACUAGCAGUGACAUUUACGGUUUAUUUAACUGGUAAUAAUCCAUAAUAAUCUUUCACUUUGCUUGAGGGAGAGGUGUUAAUUUGCAUUUUUCAUAUAUUCAGUAUUCGCUUGCUCACUAACGAACAACUUAGCCUGUUAGAGGGGAACCUCACUCAUUUGUUCCCUCUCUAAUCCUCAUCAGAAUCAUGUUCUUCCUGCCUCAUUAAACUUAAUAUUAACGACCACUUUUGACUAAGGUUUGAAUUAGCAGGAAUUCCACCAGACCACUCCAGCUCGGUUUGUUAUAUAGCUGCAGGGUGAGUUUGGUGGCAUGUGGGGGCGCUUUAAAAGAAAAAAAAAAAGAAAGAGGUGCCUGUACUUUGUUGCAAUUAUGAGAGCUGCUUACAACUUCCGUGUGACUUUGAUGUGAUGAGGAAAUCAUUUAUUGGCAGCAGCAUAUUUAUGAGGUUCCCUCUUUAAUCAGAACAAGGCGGAGAGACCAGGGCAGGGCAGAGGGAGUAGCUUACAUUGGCGAGCAAUCAGCCUAAUGAAGUGCAGAUUGGUAGAAGUGGCUCGGUUGUGAAACAUCCAGUUUGUGCUACUUACUGGAGGGGUGUUGUAUUUCAGUGGUGAAUUCAAUAAAUCCUGAGCGUUCUUGUUUGGAGGGGUUGUCAUUAGCACUGGGGAUCUGUG